AUGGCUGGGGUUGAUGGGUCCUCGUUGAGCGGCGGCGCCACGGUGGUCGCCUCGCUCGCGCGGCCCGGCCGGCCGGGGCGGCCGCCCGCGGCGGCGGGGCUGCACAUGUGGGCGCAGCGCGGCGCGUGCCUGCUCUUCGCGGUGGUCGCUGCCGCGGCGCUGGCUCUGGGGUGGGGCACCAGCAGCGCCACGGGAAAGGGCAGCACAGCGUGGGCAGCCGAGCGGCAGCUCGGCGGCGACGCCGCCGCCGCCUCGGGCUGCGCGCCCGACCACGCCCCCGAGGGCAGCAUGGACGGGCUGCUCGCCUUCCUGUUCUUCGGUUUCGUGGCCUGCAACGUGCUGGACCACGUGAGCGGUAUGCUGCCCCAGACCGUCAGGCCUCCCCUGUCUGUCUUGAUGCUCUCCGCCGGCUACCUCCUCGGCUCGCUCAUCGUGAACCUGGGGAUCGGUGGCGAUGCCGACGAGCCUAGUAACGUACUCGUGGAGGGGAUCUACUCCGCGGCGUACCUCGAUCCACACGCGGUGCUGUACAUCAUCCUGCCGCCUCUCCUGUUCGAGAGUGCCAGCGGCAUGACGUGGCACGUGCUCAGGAAGGUUCUCGCCUCGUCCCUGAUCCUGGCGAUCCCGGGCGUACUCCUGAACGCGUUUCUGACCGGCGCGUUCGUGAAGUUGUCCGUGAGGGUGGAUAAAGCAGAUGGCCAUUCGCUCACUUGGCCGGAAGCCAACCUCUUGGCGUCCAUCUUGUCUGCCACAGACCCCGUCGCAGUUGUGGCAUCGCUGACGUCGUUGGGCGCCCCUCCGAAGCUCUCCACGCUCGUGGAGGGAGAGAGCCUGCUAAACGACGGCUCUGCCGUAGUGCUCUUCAAAGUGUUCUUCGACUGGAGUAUGAGCGCAGGCGCGCCUGACACCUUGAAAUACUGCCCUGGCAGCAGCCCUGAGGUCUCCUGCAUUCUCGAAUUCUUCAUGCGGAUGGCCGUGGGUGGUGCGGCCUUGGGCGUUCUGGCCGGCAUGCUGCUGAUGGCUUGGGUCAGCAUGGCGCGCUCCAGCAAUUCCGCGAUGCUCGAGGUGUCUUUGAUCCUGAGCACCGUCUACGCGACCUUUUUUGUCGCAGAGAAACUCACGACUUCUGGGGUGCUCGCAGUUGUUGCCCUCGGCUUCACUAUGACGUACAGCAUCAGGGUACGGCAGUCUCACGACGGCCGUCACAGCACCCACACGGUGCUACAGCAGAUCGGGUACCAUUGCAACCAGGUGGCCUUCUUCGGGGCCGGCAUCAUCUGCGCCCGCUACACAGGCCAUGCGACCGGCUGCAUGCACGACUUCACAAGAGGAACCGCCUGGCUGGAGCUGGGAGCUCUGUACGUCGCGCUCCACCUGUCCCGCGCCGUCGUGGUGCUGGCGUCGGCGCCCUUCCUUCUGCGCCUGGGCUACGGUCUCUCUCUCAAGGAGGCCACCGUGCUGGUGUGGGGCGGCCUGCGCGGAGCGGUGGGCCUCAUCCUGGCCCUGCAGGUGGAGCACAGCGAGUGGCUGGAUGCGAGCGUCAAGCAGAUGAUCGUCUUCCAUUCGGGGAAACAAACAAUGACAUAA